UGUGAAAAAAUAUUCACAAAACCAAAUAUGGGCUUUAGCUCCCCAAUUAUCUCCAUCAUCCUACAUUUUCUUAUUCUUGUUUGUCCUAUUAAUUCAUUAAAAACAAGCAACCAGCAAUUAGUAAAUCAGACUUUUCGAUCCAAUGAAGAAUUACACAAGUUGAAGAAGAUGAUAGCUGCACGUCUUCAGCAAAUCAAUAAACCUGCUGUUAAGACAAUUCAAAGUCCUGAUGGUGAUAUCAUAGAUUGUAUAUUAACUCAUAAACAGUUAGCUUUUGAUCAUCCUCUAUUGAAAGGACAAAAACCAUUGGAUCCUCCAGAAAGACCAACAAGAUAUAACCAAAUGAGUAAUUUUAGUGACAACUUUCAAUUGUGGAGUUUAUCGGGUGAAUCUUGUCCUGAUGGAACAAUUCCAGUUAGAAGAAUUACAGAACAAGACCUUUUAAGAGCUGACUCUAUUAGUGGAUUCGGAAGAAAGUUCACUAAUACAUAUAAACACACACAUGCAGUUGCGUUAGUGGAAGGGGGAGGGUUCCAUGGAGCAAAGGCUACAAUAAACGUGUGGGCCCCCCAAGUGGAAAGUCCAAAUGAAUUCAGCUUGGCUCAAAUGUGGAUCACAUCAGGUACAUAUGAAAAAAAAGACGUCAACGCCAUUGAAGCUGGUUGGCAGAUCUACCCGAAGGUCUACGGGGACAACCGCACUAGAUUUUUUAUUUAUUGGACGGCUGAUGCAUAUCAACAAACUGGGUGCCGCAAUGUAAUAUGUCCAGGGUUUAUUCAAACUAACAAAAAAGUUGUAAUUGGAGGAACACUUACUCCAACUUCAACAUAUGAUGGAAAUCAAUUAGGCAUUCCCUUAUCGAUCUGGAGGCAUCCAGGGACUGGAAAUUGGUGGCUUGAAUUUGCAACUGGAAAUUAUCUUGGGUACUGGCCAUCUUCCAUAUUCACACACUUGAAGGAUCCUGCUGAAGAGGUUCAUUGGGGUGGAGAAAUAAUAAAUUCAAAGUUUCCACAAGCUACUUCUACCCAAAUGGGUAGUGGACACUUGCCUGAUGAGGGUUUUAGAAAAGCUGCAUAUUUUAAGAAUAUUGGAGUUGUAGAUUCCAAUAACCAGCCUAUUCCAUUACCAGAAAAUAAAUACUUCCAUUACGUAGAGAAACCAAAGUGUUAUGGCAUAAGAGGAGGGCAUGAUCAAGAUUGGGGUGAUUACUUUUACUUUGGUGGACCUGGCAGAAGUGAGAAUUGUCCCUAG